UUAUUAAUAGCCUAAUUAAUAAUUGCCUAAUUCGAUCGAUAAAGAACGUUUGAUCUAAUUAAAAUACGACUCUGAUUCGCGUCGGUCAAGAGAAUAAUUCAUGCGAUAACGUAACUGCUUAUCGAUUUGAAACGGAUGACGUAUAAAAAUCAAUGGCGCACGUGAGUCACGCGGAUCAGUAUUAACUCGAAACCUGAAAGCAUAAUGAAAUGACGUCAGGAUUCCGUCCGUCCAAUAAACCAUCGUUUUCUAAUCUCGGAUAAGAAAAAAAAGGAAAAAGGAAAACACGGAGAGGAGAGAAACCGUAAUCGUUCGUCGUCGGUGCUACGUUCCGUGCGGAGGCCAAACUCCAAGUGAUGCGGCAUUUGUUUUGGUUCCGAGACUUGGGUGCCAUUGUUGGGUGCUACCUGUCAAACGUGCCGAUGAUAAUUAUCUAAUUAAACAGACAGAAGCAGCGCGGUUCUCUCUGAUCGAGUUUCGACGAUGGAAAAGCAGCCGAUAAAUCCCGGAGCCGAACAGCCUCCGUCUUACUCCACGGCCACUGCUCCGAAAGUGAAUCCGUCAUGGCAGUCACCGCCUGGCUACAAUGCCCCGCAGUACGGUGGGUCCACUUCGUGGCCACCGCCUCCUGGUUAUUAUCCCAGCUCAGGUGCUACUCAGAAUCCCGGAUACGUACCUACUUAUGGUUCCACGCAAGCCACCACUGUGAUUAUGCCAGAGAUCAUUUUAGUCGGCGGAUGCCCUGCCUGCAGAGUGGGAGUGAUAGAGGAUGAUUUCUCCUGUUUGGGAUUACUAUGUGCAAUCCUGUUCUUCCCAUUUGGGAUACUUUGUUGUCUACUGUUGAAGAGCCGGCGUUGCUCCAAUUGUGGUGCCUACUUCGGUUAACGUAAACAGAAUUCUGUUAUAAGCUAUAAUUCCAAAUGCAAAUGUAAGAACAAAUACGAGGAACUAAUAUUUUGUGUCGCAGCUGCUGCGAGCAGAAUUGAUAUAUUUAACAAUGGUAUUUACUAUGAGAGAUUAUAAGAGAACGUAUUUCCUUUGUAAAAUAUUGACAUAAAUCUCGUAUUAUUAUUA